GACCUAUCGUCAACGACCGGGUCGAGCUUCGCAGUGCACCAACCCUCGCAACCUGAAGCUUCACCAUGCUGCGGCAACAUCUAGUCCGGUCGCUGAAGAGGCCUGCGCUGCGUGCAGGAUUCAAUGGCAGCCGGGCCUUUGCUGCGUCCGCCACACGGCCCGCAGAAAUCGAGCUCACCAUCGAUGGAAAGAAGGUUCAGAUUGAAGCCGGCGCCGCCCUCAUCCAGGCCUGCGAAAAGGCCGGAGCCACCAUCCCCCGAUACUGCUACCAUGAGAAGUUGAUGAUUGCUGGAAGUUGUCGUAUGUGUUUGGUGGAGGUGGAGCGGGCUCCCAAGCCGGUUGCGUCGUGCGCAUGGCCCGUCCAGCCCGGAAUGGUGGUCAAGACAGACUCGCCCCUCGUCCACAAGGCGAGAGAAGGUGUCAUGGAAUUUCUCCUGGCCAACCAUCCGCUCGACUGCCCUAUCUGCGAUCAGGGAGGAGAAUGUGAUCUUCAGGACCAGUCGAUGCGAUAUGGUGGCGACCGUGGACGAUUCCACGAGAUUGAGGGCAAGCGUGCCGUGGAAGACAAGAACGUUGGACCUCUCAUCAAGACUUCCAUGAACAGGUGUAUCCACUGCACACGAUGCGUCCGUUUCUCCAACGACAUUGCUGGCGCACCAGAAUUCGGUUCCUUCGGCCGUGGCAACGACCUCGAAAUCGGCACCUACAUCGAAACCGCCCUCGACUCCGAGCUCUCCGGAAACGUCAUCGAUCUUUGCCCCGUUGGCGCCCUCACCUCGAAGCCCUACGCGUUCAAGGCUCGUCCCUGGGAACUCUACAAGACCGAGACAAUCGACGUGCUUGACGGUCUAGGUUCGAAUGUUCGUGUUGACUCCAGAGGUCUUCAGGUCAUGCGUGUUGUUCCACGACUGAACGAGGACAUCAACGAGGAAUGGAUCAACGACAAGACCCGUUUCGCCUGCGAUGCGCUUAGCACACAGCGUCUGGUCAACCCCCUCAUCCGCUCCGAAGGCUCCUUCCAGCCCGCCACUUGGGAGCAGGCGCUUGUAGAGAUUGGCAACGCCUACAAGAAGAUCGCGCCCAAAGGCAACGAGCUCUACGGUGUGGAGGAGGCUGAUGUCAUCCUUCUCAUCGGUACCAACCCUCGACACGAGGCUGCUGUGCUCAACGCCCGCAUCCGGAAGGGGUGGCUGAGGUCAGAUCUCGAGAUUGGCGUAGUUGGUGAAGACUUCGAGAGCACCUUCGAGUACACAAACCUUGGAAAGAAUGCCAAUGACCUGAAGACUGCUCUUACUGGUGACUUCGCCAAGAAGCUGCAGUCGGCUAAGAAGCCCAUGAUCAUUGUUGGAAGCGCCGUUGCCGAGCAUCCCGAUGCGAAGUCGUUCUUCGAGCAGGUUGGCUCGUUUGUGGAGAAGCACAAGGACACUUUCCAUGCUGAGGAUUGGAACGGUUACAACAUUCUCCAGCGAACAGCAUCCCGAACUGGAGCCUACGAUGUUGGAUUUACUGUGCCCUCGCCCGAGGUUGCCAACACGAAGGCCAAGUUUAUCUGGCUGCUUGGUGCAGAUGAGAUCAACGAGGCCGACCUGCCCAAGGACGCCUUCAUCGUCUACCAGGGCCACCACGGUGACCGAGGUGCGCAAUUUGCCGACGUCGUUCUCCCAGGUGCUGCGUACACCGAGAAGUCCGUCACAUACGUCAACACUGAGGGCCGUGUACAAAUGUCCCGCGCUGCUGUCGGCCUUCCCGGCGCAUCAAGGGAAGACUGGAAAAUCAUUCGUGCUGCUUCGGAAUACUUCGGUGCUGAGUUACCUUAUGACGAUGUUGAGGCUCUCCGUGACCGCAUGGAGGAGAUUUCUCCCGCGCUUCGGAGAUACGACCUCGUCGAGCCUGUGUCACUACCUGGCUUGAGCAAGGUCCAAUUAGUCGACAACAACAAGGGUGCACAAGCAUCCGGCCAGGCUCUUGAGCUGCCUAUCAAGAAUUUCUUCUUCACAGACUCAAUAUCGAGAAACUCACCGACCAUGGCCCGUUGCUCAGCAGCAAAGGCGGAGAAGAACCCAAAGACAAAUUUCAUGGCCCCAGGUGAGCCAUACCCUCAGGUGGGCUACGGACCCGAUGUAGCAGCAGCGGCGAACAUAUAAGUGUGUUGAGAGGGACAUUGGCGAAUCCUUGUAUAUAGCCCUGCGAAACCUUUUCUUUAAAUUUUGGCAUGCAGUCCGCACUGAAUGAGUGCACACAAUUAUCAGUAUGUUUGUUCAAUAUGCUCGAA